AUGGAGUUUAGCUGUGUGUUUACAUUCUUCUCGGGCAUUCAACUGCAUCCACAUGACCCCACACAAAACCCUUGCACCGGGUUCCUCUGCUACAAUGGCGGCACCUGUACAGCCCUGAUUGACGUACCCUACUGCACCUGCCCACCUGGGUUUGAGGGCGAGAGAUGUGAGGUUGGCACCAACACGAUCAGCAAACCUGGAACUUGCCCACAGGUAACAACUUACCCCGGAGAACCCUGUCUUGGCGCUCCAUGUUCCAUAGACUCGGACUGUCCAGCAGAAGAGAAGUGUUGUCUGCAGAGCUGUGGGGAGAACGUCUGCACUAGACCUCACGUUGCUAAACAACCACAGUGCCACGUCCAGUGCCCUGUCGGUUACAUCUGCGCUCUGAGGCCGACCGGAUGUCCACCUGGGUUCCAGUGUGACGCAACAGUGCCCACCUGUGUGCCCGGCGCCUGCGCCAACUGCCCACCAACACAACAGUGCCGUGAGGUGUCCAAAUGCCCCACAGUACCACAACGGCCGCCGUUUGAUUUCAUGUGCGGGCACGAGUUUCAGUGUGUGAUGCCAACCGAUCCAUGUGGAGGCUGUCCCCAGAACCAAAUCUGUGUCCCGUCUAACGGAACCAACACCCACACCCACACACCACACCACGGGGACGACACCCCUCGCCACACGUGUGUGGCUAAGGACGCGUGUGGCGGCUGCCCCCAUGGGCAAACAUGCCAGACCUACUACCCUCCCUGCUUCAACCCGUGUUUCAUGAGUGAAGGCCCCUGCGUCAAGCCACCAAACUGCAAACCUAUCAGUACGUGUAUGCCAGAGAUGGUACACACCAUGAUAUAGACUGACCCAAGGGACAUAACCUCGUGAUGGGCCGAAGUCAAGACCAAGGGGCA